AUGGAGCCGAUAGACAACAUCGACGAUCCGAUCAUCUCCGAUGUGGCAGACACAAAACACAAACCCGUUGAGCAGAAAUGGCUGUGGACGUUAUAUACAGUAUUAACAGUGAUGUCCAUCAUCACUUUAAUAUUGACAGUUACCACUUUGAUUGUGCUUUCAACGAAGUUUGGAGAGAUCAGUUACUCUUCAGUGGUCACUGAAGAACUUCCCGAGGUGUAUGUCAUUCCGGAAGACACAAUAACACCAGUGAAAGCUCAACUAGCGCGUGGAACCUGCUGGAUAUUUGCAACGAUUUCCUUUGUCGAAUCCGCUUUGCGACGGCUUGCAAUUUCGACGGGGAAAAUACGACCAAACGAGUACAUUGCGUUGAGUGAGCAAGCGUAUGGCAAAUUGAUGCUUCAAUUGUGUAAUGGGACGUAUGGGCCUAUUCCAAGUGAUAUUGCGCCAUUUUGUGAGGACGGAGGAAUGGGACAAGGAAAGACUGACGAUGGUGAAAUCGAGUGGAUGUAUUACUUCAGAAAGUAUAACUCUAAGUUCUUUUACCCCACACAAAUCUGCAACUACACUGUCAGGAGAGGUGACACCGAUUGGGUUUGUGACCCCGUCGACCUUAAAACCCCCGAGACCAAAACCCCGUUUGAAGUUUCCAUUCACUCAGUCACAUCACAGUACACCCCACAAAACAUUAAACAGAUGAUCUUUGAUACUAAAGCGCCUGUCGGGUGGGGACACGCUUCUUUGGGGCGAACGUAUUUGUACCCCUGUGAUGAGAACUCGCCAUUUAUAACUUCAGAAGAGUGCAUCAGUCAUACAAAGCCGUGUAGUUCUGGAUUUUGUAGCACCGUGUCGUCACUCUCGUUUGCGUAUGAUGGGAUUUUUCAGCUGCGAGGAGAAGUGACGAAUCGAGGAGGUCACGCGAUGAAUAUAGUUGGGUGGAACGACGAAUUUUUGGGAGGGGGAUUCAUCUUGAAGAACUCGUGGACGUUUAACUCGGGACAUUCACUUGGAUAUUUCAUGCGAAACCACUCGUUGUUUAAUGAAGACCAAAUCUGUCCGACUUAUAUCUCUGCGAAGCGGUGGAUACCUAUGAGAUAUGACUGUUUCAAAUCAAAGCAAGACCCUGAGCUUUGUCCACAAAUCACACGCACAUUCAUCGAGCAAGAGUUGAAAGGAGCGACUGUUUUGAAGUGUGCCGGGUCCUCUUCAAUAACAGAAACGACAAAAGCAAAAGCAAAUGAUUAUGGAUUUGCAGACUGCUCAACAGACGAAGGAAGAGCAUAUAAUUAUGCACUCGAGACAUCACCUGACAGUGACGGGUCGGACUAUAAACCAUAUGUUGAGUAUCCCGAUGGCGAGAAUGGAUAUGCUGUGUUUCAUUUGUUAAGGUGGUUACCUGGGAGUGAAGAGAAUGUCGAGAGGAUCAAGACUAAAUACUCCACCUGGGAGUUCUUGGAGCGCAUUUUUGUUCCAAACAAUUUGUCACAGUACUUGAACACGGAACACUGCGGAUACUAUUUCAUGACGUAUGACGUCUUCUUGGAACACAACCUUAGACACCCCAUUGGUGGACAUGACACCUAUGUCUUCUCUUCGUUCAACGUCACUUUCAACGCCCAAUUCGAUGCACAUGAAUUAUACUCAAAGUCUGUUUUUGAGUACCAGCUACCCGUAUUUACAGGCUCACUCGAUCUCAAUUAA